CAACAAGAAAAAAAUUCAAUAUGUCAGCAAAACAAUACAGAGUGGGAGUGAACUUAUGGACAGCAGUCAUAUUCUGAAGAAACAUUAAUAUUUUCCACCUAAUUGUGUGUUAUUUCAGUUCAGCCGAAAGCUGUCUGGUAUCCUUCCAGCAGUUCAGUAGAUGUCCACCCCUUCAGACGCAUCAGGUGGUAUGUCCCAUCCUGGCCCAUCUCCGGGGGCAGGUCUAUCCCCAGGGCCCAUCUUGGGCCCCAGCCCUGGACCGGACCCCUCACCAGGUUCUGUUCACAGUAUGAUGGGACCCAGUCCUGGACCUGGAACACCUAAUGCACCUCAUGGCAUGCAGGGCCAGGGGCAAAGCGAUUACUCUCAGGACAGCAUGUAUCCUAUGCACAAGCCUAUGGAGGGGAUGAAUGACAAGACCAUGGCAGAUGUGAUGCACUUUGGUCACAUGAAAGGUGUGGGGAUGAGAUCUCUGCACAGUGGUAUGGGGCCUCCACAGAGUCCCAUGGACCAGCACAGCCAAGGAUACAUGUCCCCCCAUCCAUCACCCAUGGGUGUCCAUGAGCAUGCUUCUAGCCCCAUGUCAGGAGGUGGUGGUGGGGGACCCACACCACCCCACAUGCCUCCCUCACAGUCAGGCCCCAUGAUGCCCAUGGAUCCUCAAGUGGGCAUGCCCAACAUGGGGCGGGGCCCUUCGGCUUUCAGUCCGGUCCAACUGCAGCAGCUCAGAGCUCAGAUCCUGGCCUAUAAGAUCCUGGGCCGUGGGCAACCACUGCCUGAAAACCUUCAACUAGCUGUUCAGGGCAAGAGGAGCCUACCUACAAUGCAACAACAGCAGCAGCAACAGCAGCAACAGCAACAGCAGCAGCAGCAGCAGCAGGCACCUGGUGCUAGUCCUUACAACAGGCCUCCUGGUAUGCCAAUGGCAUCUAUGGGUGGACCCCAGUCAAGCCCUUGCCCGACCCCAUCAAUGCAAGGACACAAUCAAAGCAGCGUACCCAAGCCUUGGUCUGAUGGUCAAGGCGGUGAAAAUCAAGCCAAUGCUCAGAAGCACCUCACCCCUGCUGGGAGUGGACGCCCAUCCCCUGCACCACCUCAGGCCGCUGCUGUGCCAGCUGGGCCUAUGCCAGGCAGCUCAGUGACCCCCCAGCCCCCUGGACAGCAGGUAUCCCCCAUGUUGCAGAUGCAGCAGAAGCAGAACCGCAUCACGCCAGUCCAGAAGCCCCAGGGCCUGGACCCAGUGGGGAUCCUGCAGGAGAGAGAGUACAGAUUGCAGGCUCGGAUUGCACAUCGUAUCCAGGAACUGGAAAGUCUGCCAGGCUCCCUCCCUCCUGACCUGAGGACCAAAGCCACAGUGGAGCUCAAGGCCCUGCGGCUGCUUAACUUCCAGCGGCAGCUGAGGCAGGACGUGGUGGCAUGCAUGAGGCGAGACACGACCCUGGAGACGGCCCUCAACUCAAAGGCUUACAGGCGCAGCAAGCGGCAGACGCUGAGGGAGGCACGCAUGACUGAGAAGCUGGAAAAGCAGCAGAAGCUGGAGCAGGAAAAGAAACGCAGACAGAAACAUCAGGAAUAUCUCAAUAGCAUUCUUCAGCAUGCUAAGGACUUCAAAGAGUAUCACCGCUCCGUGUCCGGUAAAGUCCAGAAGCUCACCAGAGCUAUUGCCAACUGGCACACCAACACAGAGCGGGAACAGAAGAAGGAGACUGAGAGAAUCGAGAAAGAGAGGAUGAGAAGACUUAUGGCAGAAGAUGAGGAAGGCUAUCGAAAACUGAUUGACCAAAAGAAAGACAAGCGUCUGGCCUACUUGCUGCAGCAGACGGAUGAGUAUGUGGCAAACCUCACCACCCUGGUGUACGAACACAAAGCUGCCCAAGCUGCUAAGGAGAAGAAGAGGAGGCGGAAGAGAAAGAAGAAGGUGGACGGAGAUGGUGAAGGCACCAGUGCCAUUGGACCCGAUGGAGAGCCCAUGGACGAGAGCAGCCAAAUGAGCGAACUGCCAGUCAAAGUGAUUCAGACAGAGACGGGGAAAGUUUUGCAGGGAACGGAUGCUCCCAAAUCCAGUCAGCUGGAGGCUUGGCUUGAAAUGAACCCCGGCUAUGAAGUUGCCCCGCGGUCAGACAGCGAGGAGAGCGGCUCAGAGUUUGAAGAGGAGGAGGAAGAGGAAGUGGCCAAGGCAGAGACAGAGGAGAAGAAGACAACUGAUCCCAGUGGAGACAAAGUGACUGUGAAGGCUGCCAAGCACAUCAUCGAGUCGGCUAAGCAGGACGUGGACGAUGAGUACAGCGUUCCUACUGGACAGACCAGCUCCCAGUCUUACUAUGGUGUGGCCCAUGCCGUCAUUGAGAGGGUGGAGAAGCAGUCGUCACUGCUGAUCAACGGCACACUCAAACAGUACCAGAUCCAAGGGUUGGAGUGGAUGGUGUCCCUGUACAACAACAAUCUAAAUGGCAUCCUGGCUGAUGAGAUGGGUCUUGGCAAAACCAUCCAAACCAUUGCUCUUAUCACCUACUUGAUGGAGUACAAGAGGCUUAAUGGCCCCUAUCUCAUCAUCGUUCCCCUCUCGACUUUGUCUAACUGGGUCUAUGAACUUGACAAGUGGGCCCCAUCUGUGGUCAAAAUUGCUUACAAGGGCACCCCUGCUUUGCGCCGUGGGCUCGUGCCUCAGCUCCGCAGUGGGAAGUUCAAUGUCUUGCUGACCACCUAUGAAUAUAUCAUCAAGGACAAGCACAUCCUGGCCAAGAUUCGUUGGAAGUACAUGAUUGUGGAUGAGGGUCACCGCAUGAAGAACCACCACUGUAAGCUGACCCAGGUGUUGAACACCCAUUACGUGGCUCCCCGCCGCCUCCUCCUCACCGGUACACCACUACAGAACAAGCUGCCGGAGCUGUGGGCCCUGCUCAACUUCCUCCUGCCCACCAUCUUCAAGAGCUGCAGCACCUUCGAGCAGUGGUUCAAUGCACCGUUCGCCAUGACAGGAGAGAGGGUUGACCUAAAUGAGGAGGAGACCAUCUUGAUUAUUCGGCGUUUGCAUAAGGUGCUCCGCCCCUUCCUGCUGCGCCGACUGAAGAAAGAGGUGGAGUCUCAGCUGCCAGAAAAAGUGGAGUAUGUUAUAAAAUGUGACAUGUCAGCCAUACAGAAGGUUCUGUACCGCCACAUGCAGAAAGGCAUCCUCCUCACUGACGGCUCGGAAAAAGACAAGAAGGGCAAAGGAGGAGCGAAGACCCUGAUGAACACCAUCAUGCAGCUGAAGAAGAUUUGCAACCACCCAUACAUGUUCCAGCACAUUGAGGAAUCUUUCGCUGAGCACUUGGGCUAUCCAAACGGCAUCAUCAGUGGGCCUGAUCUGUAUCGUGCUUCUGGCAAGUUUGAGCUCCUAGACCGUAUCCUGCCAAAGCUCCAGGCCACGAGCCACAGAGUCCUGCUUUUCUGUCAGAUGACCUCUCUCAUGACAAUCAUGGAGGACUACUUCGGCUACCGCAACUUCCAGUAUUUACGUCUUGAUGGAACGACCAAGUCUGAGGACCGUGCGGCACUGCUGAAGAAAUUCAAUGAGGAAGGAUCUCAGUAUUUCAUCUUCCUGCUCAGCACCAGAGCCGGGGGCCUCGGCCUCAACCUGCAGGCUGCCGACACUGUUGUUAUCUUUGACAGUGACUGGAAUCCCCACCAGGACCUUCAGGCUCAAGACCGUGCUCACCGCAUCGGUCAGCAGAAUGAAGUGCGUGUGCUUCGUCUCUGCACCGUCAACAGUGUGGAGGAGAAGAUCUUGGCAGCUGCCAAGUACAAGCUCAACGUGGACCAGAAGGUUAUCCAGGCAGGCAUGUUCGACCAGAAGUCCUCAAGCCACGAGCGCCGUGCCUUUCUGCAGGCCAUUUUAGAGCAUGAGGAGCAGAAUGAGGAGGAAGAUGAGGUACCCGAUGAUGAAACCCUUAACCAGAUGAUAGCUCGCAAUGAAGAUGAAUUUGAGCUUUUCAUGCGCAUGGACAUGGACCGACGCCGGGAGGACGCCAGGAACCCGAAGCGUAAGCCUCGUCUAAUGGAGGAGGAUGAGUUGCCUUCAUGGAUCAUCAAAGAUGACGCUGAGGUGGAACGGCUCACGUAUGAAGAGGAGGAAGAGAAGAUGUUUGGUCGAGGGUCGCGCUGUCGCCGGGACGUGGAUUACAGCGACACGCUGACUGAAAAACAGUGGCUACGGGCCAUAGAGGAUGGAAACCUAGAAGAGAUGGAGGAGGAGAUCCGGCUGAAGAAGCGAAAACGCAAGAGACGGCAGGACAAGGAUUCGUCAAGCAGAGACGACGGCACCAAAGCCAAGAAGAGACGUGGACGCCCACCAGCUGAGAAGCUAUCCCCCAAUCCCCCCAGACUCACCAAGCAAAUGAACACCAUCAUCGAUACUGUGAUCAACUACAGAGACGGGUCUGGAAGGCAACUAAGCGAGGUAUUUGUCCAGCUACCAUCCAGGAAGGAGCUCCCAGAAUAUUAUGAGCUGAUCAGGAAACCUGUGGACUUCAAAAAGAUCAAGGAGCGUGUGAGAAACCAUAAAUACAGGAAUGUGGGAGACCUGGAAAAGGAUGUGAUGCUGCUCUGUCACAACGCCCAGACCUUCAACCUGGAGGGAUCCCAGAUAUACGAGGACUCCAUUGUUCUCCAGUCUGUGUUCAAGAGCGCCAGGCAGAAAAUUGCCAAGGACGAAGACAGUGAAGAUGACAGCGAUGAGGAUGAUGAUGAUGAGGAUGAGUCUGAGGCAGAGGCCAAAUCAGUGCGGGUUAAGAUCAAGCUGAGUAGAGAGGGGCGCAGCCAUGACAAAGGCAAGAAGAGGCAAAGCCGAGGGAAGGCCAAGCCGGUGGUCAGCGACGACGACAGUGACGAGGAUCUGGACGAUAAUGAUCAGUCAGACAAGAGCAAGAGCGACGACGAGUGAGGAAAGGGAUAUGAGGACAUGGGAAUAUUGUUUAUAGCACUUAAAGAAAAGGACAAUAUCUUCCAGUACUGUUGGUCAGGUCCAUAAUCUGUAUGUUUUUUAAAUUUGAAUUCAUUUGUCAUGUUUUCUGUCGUGCCUAUUGUUGCCCUUUCUCCUGCCAGCUUUGAAAUGCAUUUCCAAAAAUUGCUAAGAUGCAGCAAUACUGAUCUGCUUAGAUUCUUCUUUUUAAGACAAAUCUGUAGCGUAUUUUUAACUCUGUGCUUUAAAACUUAAAAUCCAUUGGAGAAAAGGAAAAAAAAAGAUUUGGUCACCCUAUAUGCAAUUUCACUUUAUUUGAACUUGCUUGCACUUUUGGAAAAUGAAAUAUUAAUAUCCAAAUUUUAUAAAUGUGUAAUAAAAGUACAAAUAUAAAAAUCCAAGGACAUCAGGUUAACUUUGAGAGCCAUCAGUGAUAUAAAAUGACAAUUAGUCAUGUUUUUAAUUUUUUGAUUUAUUGUUUCACCUGGUGCGGUGCCAAAUGUUGAAACGUAGACAAAUUGAUUGCUUGCAAAUCCCGCCCCCAACCAGCGACUGUCCAAUCAUUUCUUAGCAACCGUAACUAGGUACUGAAGUCUAUCGAGUUUUGGAUUUCUCCACACGUUGAGAACGUGAGGAGGUGUCAGUGAGACAAACAACAUUUUGAAGAAUGUGGAGCUGAAACAGGAAUGUUACUACCAGCGUUACAUUACUACUGUUUGUACUAAUCAACGUUAGUAACUGAAGGUGAAAGAAUUAAUUGAUCAACAGAAAAAAUAAUCAGCAACUGUUCUGAUAAUCAGUUAAUUGUUUCAUUUUUUUCUGUAGGAAGUAGACUUAACAAAGCUGUGCUAAAUACUGUUCCCAGCCUCUCACAUUGGAGGGUUUCCUGCUUCCCUUUGUCUUAUAUCAAUGUAUACAAAAUAUUUGGGGUAUUUGGACUUGACACAUCUGGAGACAUCAGAUUCACUUCAGCAAUGCUGUGAUGGGCAUUUUCAUAGACAGAGACUAAGCAAAUAAAUGAAGAAAAUAAUGGUUAGCUGCUGCCCUAGCAGUAGGCCAACAUUACUUCCAAAGUCAAGGAGCAUACCAUUAACUUGUGGGGUAGCAGGCUGCCGGUGUCUGUGUGGGAGUGUUGACACUAAUGUUAGCAGUUCUGUCCUGCUCUUUAUUGGAUGUGGGGAAGUGCACGCCCCAGCCUGUGUUGCCCGAGAAACUCACUGAUUACUCAGUGUCACCACCUUUUUGUGUUGUCACAACAAAAGUAAACGCAUAUGUCUGACAAAUAUAGUCAGAAGCAGUCGCAAUUAAAAGUCUGAUUUUACAACAGCCCAAGGCAGUGUCUUCAAAUACCGUCAUACAACAAAGAGAAGCAUUAAAUCCACAUGUGCAACAAACUGGGACAAGCCAAUAUUUGUCAAAGUUAACAAAGCAGUAGUUCGUUCAUUUGUCGUUCAUUAAUUGUUGCAACUCUAGCUGGAAACAGUAAAAAGAAGCUUAUGUAUGCGUAGGUAACUACUGCUGAUAAAAUCUGCCAGCAGUCAUUUCAACCAAGCAACCUGAAACCUGCAGAGGUCUUUCUGCCUGAAUAAAUGGACCCGGUGUUUCAAAACCAGCUAAGACUUUCAAGAGUAAAUCUGCUGCCGUUGUCACUGAAAACAGUGAGAACUGAAAGCUUGACAGAUGAUGAAGGGAGAGGUUUAGCACGAGACGAUUAUGAGUGUAUACUGUUUAUCUUAGAGCCAGCACAACACAGUUACUCACUGACUUACACAUUGUUUGAGAUGGCCAUAAAUGCUGGAUGCUUUUUCACCUACUUUUAUUGAGUAACAUGUAAACCGAGGCAGCACAUGAUUUAGUCAAGUCCUUGUAUCUAUUCUUCUAAAGCUUGCAUGUUGUUGUGAACCAGAGCAGAAGCGAUGAACUUUGUUGCAGUCAUUUUCUCACUUAUUCUGGCCUUCAGAGCAAUAUGUUGUUUUAGGCAGCAGAUCUAUGGGAAAGCGUCUGGUUGAGUUAAACCAGCAUCUAUCACAGCAGUAAAUGUAGCUUUUCAAAGCGUGACUACAUGUUGCAUCCAGGACUGUAAAGAACCACGUGUUAGCUGGAUCUCUGCAGACUAAGACAGUAGAUUUAAUAUUACAAUGAAAACUGUUAUGGGUUUAAAAUCAGAUUUAAAUGACAUGAACUAUCACCAUAUAUUUUAAAAUGACAUACUGAUUUUUACAGUUUGAGGCUUUUGUGUUCCUUGUGUGUUACUUUUGAACCCUCAUUUUAUUGGUUUCUGUUGUUUGUAGCAUGAACUCUUUUGGCAAUAUACUGUUUACAUGCAGAUAUAUCUUUUUUUGUUUGUGUAACACGUGCUUGCUGACUCUUCCCUAAGUGUGACUUAAUCCCCGCUUUCUUUGCACAGUGUCUUUGUGGUUGUAUCUCAUAGCCCAGGGCAAAUAAAAUCUCACCGAUCAUCA